UUAUUUAUUAUCGUCCUAUUGACAACGUUGAGCGGCUGCUGUCUGGUCCUGGCCGAUGAGUCCAUCGACACCCGCGAGAACGCGGAUCUCGUGUUGAAGUGUCGCUUCACCGAGAAAUAUGAGGCAAACGAUUUCUCAUUCUUUUGGACGCGUUCGAUAUCGAAUCCGGCGCAAUUUGACAACGUAGCCAUUGGUGAAGUGCAGUUGAGUUCCGGCUAUAGACUCGACUUUCAACCGGAGCGAGGUAUUUAUGAUCUGCAGAUCAAGAAUGUCUCCUAUAAUCGGGACAAUGGACGCUUCGAGUGCCGCAUCAAGGCCAAAGGCACCGGUGCCGAUGUGCAUCAGGAAUUUCAUAAUCUCACCGUCCUAACGGCCCCACAUCCGCCCGUCAUAUCGCCCGGCAGCAUUGCCGUUGCUACCGAGGACAAACCCAUGGAACUGACCUGCAGCAGCAUUGGCGGCUCACCGGAUCCUACCAUAACCUGGUACCGCGAGGGCUCGAACUCGCCGCUGCCCGCCACUGUGCUGCGCGGUGGCACCAAGGAUCAACCCACCAAUGCCACGCUCUCGAUUACACCACGUCGCGAAGACGAUGGCGCCAAGUACAAGUGUGUGGUGCGCAAUCGUGCCAUGAACGAGGGUAAACGCCUGGAGGCCACAACCACAUUGAAUGUUAACUACUAUGCCCGCGUCGAGGUUGGACCAGAGAAUCCGCUGCGCGUGGAACGUGACCGCACUGCCAAAUUGGAGUGUAAUGUGGACGCCAAGCCGAAGGUGCCGAAUGUCCGCUGGACACGCAACGGCAGCUUCAUUAGCUCCUCGCUGGUGCACACCAUUCACAGGGUGAGCGUGCAGGAUGCGGGCAAAUAUACGUGUAGUGCCGACAAUGGUCUGGGCAAGGCCGGCGAGCAGGAGCUCAUACUCGAUAUACUCUAUCCGCCCACCGUUGUCAUUGAAUCAAAGACGCGCGAGGCCGAAGAGGGCGAAACCGUUAACAUACGCUGCAAUGUAACCGCCAAUCCGUCGCCCGUCACCAUCGAAUGGUUAAAGGAGAAUGCUCCAGAGUUUCGCUAUAACGGCGAUGUCUUGACCCUCAACUCGGUGCGCGCAGAGCACGCGGGCAAUUACAUUUGCCGCGCCGUCAACAUUAUGCAGAGUCAGGGCCAGGAACGCAGCGAACGCGUUGGCAACUCGACCGUGGCACUCCUCGUGCGUCAUCGUCCCGGCCAGGCAUACAUAACGCCCAACAAGCCUGUGGUGCAUGUGGGCAAUGGUGUUACGCUAACCUGCUCGGCCAAUCCGCCCGGCUGGCCGGUGCCACAGUAUCGCUGGUUCCGCGACAUGGAUGGUGAGUUCUCUUCCCGGCAAAAGAUUCUGGCACAGGGUCCACAAUACUCCAUACCGAAGGCGCAUCUGGGCAACGAGGGCAAGUACCAUUGUCAUGCGGUCAACGAGCUGGGCAUUGGCAAAAUGGCCACCAUUGUGCUGGAGAUCCAUCAGCCCCCGCAGUUCCUAGCCAAGCUGCAGCAGCACAUGACCCGUCGCGUGGCGGACAAUGACUAUGCGGUUACGUGCAGUGCCAAGGGUAAGCCGGCACCCAGUAUUAAAUGGCUUAAGGAUGGCGUCGAAAUACUGCCUGAACUGAAUCUGUACGAGGUCAAAACGAAUCCCGACCAGGGUCCCAACGGUAUGGUCACCGUCCAGAGCAUGCUCAAGUUCCGCGGAACGGCACGUCCCGGCGGCAAUCAGCUGGUGCCCGGAGAUCGUGGCCUUUACACGUGUCUCUAUCAGAACGAGGUGAACUCGGCCAAUUCGUCCAUGCAGCUACGCAUCGAACACGAGCCCAUUGUGCUCCAUCAGUACAACAAGGUGGCCUUUGAUAUACGGGAAACUGCCGAAGUGGUCUGCAAGGUCCAGGCCUAUCCCAAGCCCGAGUUCCAGUGGCAAUUCGGCAACAAUCCCUCACCCCUGACGAUGUCCUCCGAUGGCCACUAUGAGAUAAGCACCACAACGGAUAACAAUGAUAUUUACACCUCGGUGUUGCGCAUCAAUUCGCUAACCCACUCCGAUUACGGCGAGUACACGUGCCGUGUGGUCAACUCUCUGAACACUAUACGUGCGCCCAUAAGGCUGCAGCAGAAGGGUCCGCCGGAGAAGCCCACGAACUUGCGUGCCGUGGAUGUGGGCCACAACUAUGUAACACUCAGCUGGGAUCCGGGCUUCGAUGGUGGCUUGAGCAAGACCAAGUUCUUUGUGAGCUAUCGACGUGUGGCCAUGCCUCGGGAAGAGCAAUUGAUACCGGACUGCGCAACGCUUGCAAAUGCCAAUUCCGAUUGGGUGGAGGUCGACUGCCAGCGGGAUAUACCCUGCAAGGUCAACUCGCUUGAUCAGCAUCAGAGCUAUGCGUUCAAGGUAAAGGCGCUGAAUCCCAAGAACGGCUCACCCUACUCCAAUGAGAUCACGACGACCACAAAAGUGAGCCGCAUACCGCCACCCCUGCAGGUCACCUACGAGCCGAGCACACGCACCCUGGGCAUCGAUGUGGGCGCCACUUGCCUUAAUCUUGUCGCUGUUGUCGAGACCAUGCUGCACGGCGACACACCAAUGGCCGCCUGGGAUCUGGUGGAUAUUGUCGACAACCUUCAGUUGUCCGGCAAUGGACCCACACACAAGGAAAAGAUCAUCGAACGGCUAAUUGGGCCACGUCGCAGCGGCGGCGGACGGGCUCUGGGACACACCAUCAACGACGACGACGAGGAACAUGAUGCGGGACUGAAUAACUUAGCGCUGGAACAGGACGACAAUAGUCCCGUGGUACGGGUGAAACUCUGCCUGCGCAAUAAUCACGAGCAUUGCGGCGACUACACGGAUGCUGAGAUUGGACGACCAUAUAUCGCAGAGGCUAGCGCCCUGGCCACGCCCACACUGAUUGCGAUAAUCGUGUCGUGCAUUGUAUUCACACUGUUCGCCGGCCUGCUGCUCAUGUUCUGCCGCUGCAAGCGCAAUCAGUCGAAGAAGAGCGCCGCCGCCAAGGACUACGAAAUGGACUCGGUGCGGCCCUCGAUUGUGGCUGCCCAACAAAAUCAGGCACCGCCGCCCUACUACCCGGCCAGCGGUCUGGACAACAAGGCCCUCGAGCACUCGAUGGAUCUGGCCCUCAACAUGGAGGACCAAAAGACAGCCCUCUAUGCGACCCAAAAUGGCUACAGCUAUCAUCCUGGCAGCGGUGUCGUCGGCGUCAAUGUUGGUGGCAGUGUUGUCGGGGUUGGCGGCGGUGUUGGCAGCAUCGGUGGCGGCGGCGUUGUUGGUGUGACCGGCAUACCCGGUUUGACAGGACACACGUUGCCAGGAAAUGAAUGGGUCAACAUGGGCUACAUGGAGAACAAUUAUUCCAAUUCGAAUAAUGGCGGCAGCGUCAACUCACAGGACUCGCUUUGGCAGGUAAAAAUGUCCGCGGCUGCGGUUGGAAAUCAACAGACACUCGUCCAGGCGCCACACAAUCAAUAUGUGGAACAGCAGCCCACCUAUGGUUACGAUCCGCUCACGCAUGGCGGCUAUGGGGCUGUCGAUGAUUAUGCACCGUAUCCACAUUUGACGGCCACGCCCAGCCAGGUGGGCGACGAAUAUCAUAAUUUGCGCAACAGUCAAAAUCCGUCCCGGCAGGACUACUGCAGUGAUCCCUAUGCAUCGGUACAGAAGCCCAAGAAACGUGUCGAUCAACAUUUAGAUUCACCAUAUCACGACGUAAGCGGCCUGCCGAACCCCUACAACAUGGAGCACAUGGAACAGGAUGAGGUGCUGCCGCCUCAACAGCACAUGUCCCUCGGCUACGAUGACAGUUUCGAGGGCGAAUACUCGACAACGCCCAAUGCUCGAAAUCGUCGUGUCAUACGCGAAAUUAUUGUCUAAGCUAACUCUCGGAUACACAAUAAUGAAAACGGCUAAAGCAACAGCAACAACAACAGCUACAACAACAAGAACAGGCACUUUUAUCUAACUAUACAAGACCCUUACACAGCCCUCAUCCCACAUCAUGCACCAUCAUCAUACAACAUUAUGCAAAGGUAAAACAAAAUCCCCAUCAGCAUUACAACGAAAUCUCAAUUUUAUUUACUUAAUUUUUACUCAAUUUGAGAAGUGGCCAUUUUUGAAUUUUUUUGAUAUAUAGAAUUUUUGUUGUUUAUAUAAGAAAGAAUGCGAUAACGAUAAAUGCUAGUUUAGUUGAGGGUACGUGUGUUGAGUUUUAUUGGCAACGAAUUGAUAUAUAUAUAUAUAUCUAUAUAUAUGAUAUGAUAUGAUACGAUACGAUAUUUCGAUAGUUAAGGCAUCGAGUUUCUCAUUAUCAAAACAGCUCUAGUUAAGGUCGUGGCAGCACUUUGUUGACACACGCACACACACUCACACAGUCUCCCACACACUUACACAUGCACUAAAUGUUAAAUACGAGCUAUUUACUUAUAUAGAGCAGUUAAGUACAGUAAAACCUAUGCUAUCAGGUCCCAGUCGCAUUCGCAAGAAACGGUACGAAACUUACUUUUAAGGCAUCAAAUGUUGAAAUGAGCAUAUUUCAAAAAAAAAAAAACAAACAAAAAAGGAAAAAAAAUAUAUAGAAAAUAACAAAAAAUAUAUCUCACGUGUUUUUCGCAACCGUUCACCGUAGCAUAUAAGAAUUAAUCAUUUAAGAGUUGUGGCCGCGAAGUGUUGCUUUGACUUGAAGCGCUUCUGGGCGAGCUAUAAAAGUUUAAUAUGCGAAUCCAUUUUAUCGCCUACUUUGCAGCUGUUUAAGCUGGCGCUCAGCCUCAAAGUACAACUUCAAAAGCAUUUCCAACGCAUGUUUUAGUUAAAAA